GCAACGAUUGAAAAAAGUGGGGAGCUACAAACUGCAUUCUGACUGCCGAGACUACGUUCACGCAUUGCAUCACAGGUGGAACGACUAAUUGUACUGUACUUGGACGAACGAGGAACAUCUUCGUGGUCGCAAAGAUCGAUUUAAAGAAAAGACAACUGGUCGCAAAUUUUUCGUUUGUUCUCGCCGGUUCACGUGACGCAUCUGUUUGUUACGCGUUGCACGUUGCGCGGGAUCGGUGUUCCUUUGAUCGAAGUAACCGGAAAUCGAUGACAUGAGCCGAGGAUCUAUUUCCAGUUGGCAGGAUUAUGGGCGUAGAAGUUCUCAAAUUAUGCCACAGUUUCAUGGCAGUCCGGUGGAAUUUAUGGCCUGCGAUGACAUCGAAUACAAAAGGGACGAUGGUUGGUUUCUAUCGUAUUCGAAGAUAGCGGCGAUUAUCGUAGUUUUUAUCAUCGGCAUCGUCGCCGCGGGAUCCCUCGGAUGGUACAUCAAUUCCUUGCCGAAGAAAAAAUCGUACGACACCAUCGAUUUACUCAGCGAUGAUAUCGAGGAUGAAAUCGACACCAUCGACGAAAUUCUAAUUUCGCCCUUUGUCUAUCCCUUGAAAUACCAGCUCGAGUUAACGCCAAUAAUUAAUAUAAAUGGUCCAUCGAGGCUAAAUGGUCACAUAGCUAUCGAGUUUUACGUAAACGACACGACAGGUUUAACCAUACUGUCUUUAAACGCGAAGAACAUUACAGUGUCGAACUAUAAACUGUCGUUGUUAAAUCCGGAAGAGGAUAAGACUCGAUUACGAAGGAGACAACGAAGGAGAGCCGACGAUGAAACUAAUUACCAAAGACACCACGACGAUACAACGCUUGAACGCGACGUUACGUUUACCCCGACGGAAAAUGAGACAUUUUUGUACAAACAAGAUGCUGAAUAUCCAUUGGAAAACGUAUCUUUCGUUGAAGCUUCGAAAGGAUCCUCUGCGAAGCAUAGCUCGUUCAAUAAAACUGGUAAAAUAUGGCAUAUAAGUAGUUCAAAUGUUUCGCUUGUUGGCAAAUUUACGUUAAUAUCGUUUUCUGUAUUUUUAGAGAUUAAUUUGUCGGAAAUAGAGGUUACACGAUACGAAACGGACGAGAAUAACGAAAUUCACACACUUUACCUGGGGAGUCCGAUUCAGGAAGGAAUUUAUUCGUUGGAAAUUGCUUAUGAAGCGGGGAUCGACGACAAUGCAUUUUUCGUUGCAAAUUAUAGCGGGUCUGGCGAAGAAAAGUGGCUGCUGGGGACGAAACUGAAACGCUCCGAUGCUCGGUACCUAUUCCCAGUUUUUGAAGAUGCAGAUUACAAGUCAGUUUUCUCCGUAUCCAUAGUAAGGUCUACAGAAAUGAGAGCUCUCUCGAAUAUGCCACUUAUGGUUACGAACGAUACUCCGAAUGCAACAAUGGUGUCCGAUACGUUCGACGAAUCUCCGCCACUUUCACCGCAUAAUUUAGCUUUUCUAAUGGGUCACAUAGAGGAUGGUGGUGUGACAUUUUUAGGAGAUUCGAAAGUAGUGGCAACGUUCUGGAGCGAUUCGAGCAUACGCUCGCUAGGGAUUUACCUCUACGACAAACUCAACCCAGCUGUCAUUAACCUGAUUGACGUGUUUCCGAUACCUUACUCCCUGCCUAAGUUGGACCUAGUAUGCUUGCCUCCGGGGAUCGACGAGAGCGUAGCCAGACCUGGAUUAAUUGCAAUCAAGCAGUCAGCUUUCUAUACCACCGAACGAUCGCCACUGGUUACCAAAGAAAAUGCUUUAAAGGUUCUAGUCGUUUUAUUUGGGCAACAAUUACUCGACGAAUUCGUGAACGCGAAUCGAACGGACGCGUGGAUCUGCAAGGCUUCGCUGCUUUAUUUUCACCACGAGGUUGUCCCAAAGAUAGAUUCAUCAUUGAAUUUGAGCAACUCCUUUGUUACCGACGUUCAAUUGCAAGCUAUGGAAAGCGACGGUUACAGCAUUUCGAGGCCAUUUCACGAAAAUGUCAAUUAUCGACUUUUGCACUCUUUUAACGACGAAUAUGCGAAAGGUGCAUGUCUGAUACGCAUGUUGCAUGGCGCGAUAAGCGAUACCGCACUUAGGAACGGCUACAAGAAAUUGAUAACGAGGUGGAAAUCGAACGCUACGUAUGUUGCCGAUUUCAUGAACGCCAUGGCGGAAGAAACUACCGAUCUUCCGUUAACUGCUGGAGUUACUUUGGAAGAAGCGAUGAAUUCUUGGAUCUCCCAAGGUGGAUAUCCCGUUAUCACGGUCAUUAGAAAUUAUGAGAAAGGAACUGCCACUAUUUAUCAGGAACAAUUUUCAUUGGAUAGACCAUUGGAAAAUAUCUCCAGGUUCUGGUACAUUCCACUCAGCUAUAUUGACGAGAAUGGCAAUUGGUCGUCUCCUACGAUAACGUGGUUUCAAUCCGAGCCAAAAUUCGCUAUCGAUAAUGUUGCCUCAAAUGAAUCUUGGGUUCUGUUCAAUAUAAACAAGACUGGUUACUAUCGCGUACAUUACGACGAAAGAAAUUGGAUGCUGCUGAAUAUCGCGCUGCAAGAGAAUCACGAUCUGUUCCCACCGGAAACAAGAGCAUCGCUUAUUGACGACGUAUUUAGCCUCGCUGCGAUAGGUUUAAUAAAAUACGAGAUCGUUUUCGAUUUCAUUAAAUAUAUGCAAAUGAAGGAAAGGCACUAUGUGCCUUGGAUGGCGCUGAUGCGACACGUGUUUAAAUUGAAUAGGCUCUUGUACGAAACUCCGAUCUUCACUGAUUUUCAGGAGUUUAUGGUGAAGUUUGUCUCUCCGCUCUACAGCGAAGUGAGUUCGAAACUUGCAGAAGGUUCGCAUCUCACGAUGAUCGCUGUGAAAAUAGCAUGUAUGUUUGAGCACACAAAGUGCCUGGAUUGGGCCAAAGGCGUAUUCGAAAAUGCUAAGACUGACAACGACAUUCGAGAACUCAUCCCUUCGUAUAUGCGUGAAACAUUCUACUGCACUCUCGCACGUUACGGUACACGAAAGGAAUGGAAUUACUACAUGGAACAAGUAACCUUGAUCGAGGACGAGGAAGAGAGGAAGCAUUUGUUAUCGUCGUUCGCUUGUUUCCAAGCUCCAUGGAUUUUGCAAAAUAUACUGAACGAAAUUCUGCACGAAGGGACAUUCCAUCAGGGUGAAAUAUCGGUGAUAUUGAAAGCCUUUCCUCGAAAUCCAGCCGCUGCCCAAGCUGCAUCUCGGUUCGUUCGAGCAAACUGGCAGGAUAUUGCACAGAGGUUUGCUGGAUCUUACGGAGUAAUGAAGUCUUUCGUGUUAUCGAUGAGUAACGGUUUAACCACCGAACAAGAUUUGGAAGACUUGCAACUAUUCCGAGAAAAUAAUUACGACAGUACGAAGGGAGCAAGGUACGCUGCAGCACUCGUCGAAGCAAACGGGAAUUUUGUUACAUCGUGGUUGAAGAAUUCAUUACCUGAAAUUGAAAAGUUGUUAAAAGGAGAUGCCAUCGAUAAGGCUUCAGCAUUAUGAACACGGAUGAUAGAAAUAUAAGAAUAAAUAUAUUGAAAGUUGUGUUUCCUGAUGUUUGAUACAAAGGAUUCCGAAGAUUUCUUUCUAGUAACACUACGAGGACACUGUCUUAGCGGAUAAUUAGAUCAUAAAAAUCGCGUUCUUUCCGUUUCACUCCUAUUUUUUCCAAAAAUAAUGUUUUCGUGGAGUGUUAUGAAAAUAAUGCGUAGGAACGUUUUCAGUACGUACAAUUUAGGGAUGUCCUAUUCCGUAGAAUCCUACUACGUAUCUGUACAAUAUUUAAAAGAUUUUCGAUGAGAUUUGGCCAAAUUACAGCGAUUUAUAUUUUAAAAUUUAAUUGAAUUUCGGGAGAAAGGACUUUUAACUUUACAUUUUUUAUUUUUGAGACUAAACGUCGAAUGAAUAAACUGUAAAUAUAAAAAAGUUUCGUCUUGUCAUUCUCUAGAAGGAGAUAUUUUUGAAAAAUUGAUUUGUCGAAUUUAAAAAUUUCGUCUACUUGAGCGGGGGCUGUUGCAUACUUUUACUUCUCAAAUUUUUUAAAAGAUACAAACAAUCGGAUUAUCACUCGCCAAAUUAAUAUUGAGUGAUUGAUUCAAAUGGAUCGAAUUUACGGAGUGGGUGCGUUUCGUCUCGGAAUUGUCAGUAGACUCAUCGGUAGGGCUGCAUCUGCCCUAGACGCGUCGUUUUCUUGAUGUAUGAAUUUCGAAAUCGUGACGAUUGGUUGAGUCUCGAUAUUACGACUUACGAUUUUCGACCAACGCAUGUCGAGAACGAUAAAUAAUUGGUUGAGUUCCGUGUUCAACUCUAUUCGAUCAAUCAUUAGUAAUUCGAUACAUCAAUUGGCUGAAUCCAAAGAUUAUUCGGCACUAUUCGACUGAUUGAUUAUGGAAAACGAAGAUGGUUGACGAAGUCUCGAUGAUCGAUCUCAGUCAAUCAAUCUUACGUUGAAUGCUGUACAAUCAGAAUAAGCCGAAUAUCAAGGAUUCUAACGACCAAUUGAUACGUGAUUUUAAUUCAGAACCGUGUCUGAUGAGCUCGAUCGUUUUCGGUCAAAGGUCUUUGAAAAACUGAACAACUGCAGCUCGAUUCGAUUAUUUCGUUGGCCCCUCUUGAGAAAAGAGGAGGAAAUCGAGUGAAUCGCAUUCAAGUAUGCGGGGAACCCUGUCAAUGGGUUAAGACAAAUGAAUUCAACAUGAGUGAAACGAGAAUUCUGUUUCGAGAUUCGUCGCUAUUUAGUUAACGACAGGCUCUCGAAAGAUCAAGACGGUUGAACGGCUCUGUGUGAAACAGAACAGGGCGCUUUAAACUACGAGCGGCAAUGGCAGUAAUAUGCCCCGUAGAAGUUCCGACAAAAAUCGUCCCGCGGUCAAAGAUUAAUAUGGAUGAUGUUAUACUAACCAUUGCGCAAUGGAUUUUUCAACACGUAAGAUUUCAUUUUCCCAUACUCGAAAGGAUGAUCGAGAGAUAGUCAUAGCGUCGAUAAGAUGAGCAUUGAUUAAUAAACAUAUGAAUUAACCCUUUGUGGUCGUAUCAGAUGUAGGCAUGGCUAUUGUACUGGUUGGAAUUAAUUUCCGAGGAACGAGCAGUGAUACAUAAUAUGCAAACUUAUGAAGGAUAAACAAGAUUAAUUAAUUAUUUUGUGGACUUUAGAUAUAUGUUUACACAAUAAUGUGUUUUAAUGUAACGUUUUUAUGUAAAAAUUAUAUUUUAUAGUUCUCCAUUGUAUGGUAUCUUAUCUUCGGUAACUUUCUCUCGCCAUUUUGGAGUAUUGUUUUUGAAAUAUCUGAAGAAGCGAGAAUGCGUAAUUACACUUUAACACAGUUUGAAAAAUAUUAUUUGGAAUUACAGUUGCAGAAAGAGUACCAAUAUUCAAUAUUUUUGUCUUUGAAAAAUUUAACAUGUAGAUAUUUCAUCGACUGGUCCAUAUGUUUAUAUAUUCUUGUAUAACUGAAUAUAUGUAAUUACUAACGAUCUUUUCAUUAAUCUUUCCAUUAAUCUAUUAUUACACUAAUAUCUUAGAAUCUAUUACUAUUGUCUAAUGGCUUAAAUCUUUUUAGUCUGCGGGAUACAACAUAAGAUUAGUAUGGUUCUUUGCCGUGGUGGCUGAGAGCAGACAUACAACCGGAACGGUAACAAAGUUUUUGUGGUUGAGAGUAGACAUAUGUACGUCCGCAAAGGGUUAACACAUUUAAACUCGAAGAGCGACUUAGAAGCCACAGUCUUUGUUUAUCUUAGAUUUCGUUGAAUCUCGAACUCAUCGCAGCGAUAUUGGUUUGUAAAUUGAUCCCUAAACUGGUAUACUUUGAAGUAGUAGUAAAACAUUUUAUAUCCACGACUUUCCAAUAGAAUAUAGUUUAGUCGUCGAAAGUGUUAGUAAUAAAGCUGUCGUCGAGUGCAAAGGG